AUGACUUCAAAACUAACUUCCGCCGGUCAAAGAAUCACCAAAAGUUUGAUCUGUCAGCUUGUACACGACAUCAUUCGAUUUUCCGACAUGAAUGCAUCUGAAUUACGAAAGCAUAUCGGAUUGAGAUCUGGAUCUAAUCUCAGGUUCCAUGCCGACGUUAGCGAGGCUCCGAUCCUUCCGAAGAACGUUUCCCCGUAUGAUUUCAAUUGGAGAGGAUAUAGUGCAGUCACCAAUGAUGUUAAGAAUCAGAGGCGAUUUGAAGUCUCUGUAUCUUGGAGAUUUUAUUUAGCUCAUCCAACUGCAGAUGACUUUUUUUUGGAUCCUGGAAAUUCAGUGAUGAUUGUGUGUGAUGAAAAGCUGAAGGAAGUAUUUGGAUGUGAGAGCAUUUCAGCAAUGGGAAUACCAGAGUUGUUGGUUAAACACCAUUUACUCGAGCAAUAG